CGCGAGAGCGGGCGGGGGUGGGCCGGAGGUGGCUUUCGCUCCUAGGCUUGCUUUAACGCAGUUUAUUUGUUUACGGUGAGGAGGAGGAGGAGAAGGUUGGAGCACCGCGAGCAUGGAGGAGAGUGGUCAGGAUGGCAUGCCUUCACCAGCAGCUCCUGGAACAGGAAAAUCUAAGCUGGACACCUUACCAAAGGAAGAGCUUAUAAAAUUUGCGAAGAAACAGGUUAUGCUUUUGCAGAAGACAAAGUCAAAAUGCACCGCUCUGGAAAAUGAAAUUGAACAGCUCAGAACAAAACCAGCUGUUGAUGCUAAUGAUGCAGUCAUCCAGGAACUGACAACCAGGCUGGAUUCAGUACUUUUGGAAAAAGCAGAAGCUCAGCAAAGUACACUUUCUCUUAGAAAGGAGCUAGAAAAAAGUAAAGAAGAGUUGAAGGAUACACUGUCAAGAGAAAUAGAAUUCCAGGAGGAGAUGAAGUCAUUAAAAAAUCAAUAUUUAAGCAAAAUUGAAGCUUUGAAUGUGGAAUUGGAAGGUGUUCAAGCUAAACACACAGAAGAAGUAACCAGGUUGGAAAAUGAACUUCAAGCGUCAAAUCAGAAACACAGUAUCAACAUUGGAAAACUUGAACAGCAACUUGAGAUCUACUCAGUUCAGCAAACUGAAGCAAAAAGAUUGGGAGAAGAAUUAAAUGCUGUUAAAAUUGCCUAUGAGGAUCACAUAUCACAAUUGAAACAACAGUUAGAAGCUGGUGUUGAGAAGCAGAAGGAAGAAAUUAGAAAGCUGCAAGAAAGUCAUAAGGAUGCUGUUGCACAAAAGGAAAGUAAAAUGAACGACCUCCAGAAAGAGCUUGAAAUUAUGCAAAUCUCCCAUCUUGAGGAAGUGACAACAUUGAAGCAACAGUUGGAAUCUUCAGUUAAAACACACGAGAAGGAACUUCAGGAAUUGGAACAAGAUUUAACAGAAAAACUUUCAAUAAAAGAGAAGAGUCUUGAGAAUGAACAGAUCACUAAUAGGACCAACUAUGAAUGUCAGUUGAAUGAACUGAAGGAAGAGUUAAGAAAAAUGACAGAAGAGCAAACCAAAGUCCCAAAAGACAUCCCUAAUGAAGUAACUGCUGAAUUAAAUGAGCAGGUGAAGCAUCUUGAGAACUAUGUGAAAAAGGUGGAAUUGCAAGGAAGUUUGUUACAUGAUGAACUUUUGUAUAUGAAAAAUGAAAAAGGAAAGCUAGAGUUAGAACUAUAUCACACAAGAGAGGAGUUCUUCCAUGAGCGAGAGGACUGGGAAUUUAAGAUAAAUGAACUCCAGUUAUCCAAGGAAGAAUAUAUGAAUAUGGUUGCAAAGCUGACAGAUGAACUUCAAUCUGCUAAUGACCGUUGUGAAAUGGCAGCGGCCCAGCAUUCCUAUGAAAUGCAAGUUACGACAGAACAAAAUAAAAAAGAUAUUUCAGUACUCGAGCAAACUUUAAAUGCCGCUGCUGAGAAAGAGAAAUUGCAGUCUCUUCUCGAAAUAGAUAACCUGAAGGUGCGAUGCCAAACAUUAUUGAAGGAGAAAGAAGAGACAGUGGGUCAGUAUGAAAACUUGCGUAAAACCAUGGAAAUGUUACAGACUGAAUUAGGAGAAUCUGCUUCAAAGAUCAGUUAUGAGUUUGAAGUUAUGAAGCAACAACAAUCUGAUGAAAUUCAUGACCUGCAGCAGAAACUCCGAAAAGUUUUUAAUGAAAAAGACUCUCUUCUGGAAACCAUCAACAGGCUGCAGGUUGAAGUUGAGGAGGCAAAAGAACUGAAGCAAACUGUCAGCAAUUUACAAGAGAUGAAUCAAGAAUUGAUGUCAUCAAUGCAGAAAAAGGAGGUAAACUUAAAUGACUUACAAGAACAAGUGGGCACUCUAAUCGGAGAGAAAGGGGAACUGGUCACAGCAAUGAAUGACUGUGAAGGGUCAAUACAUAGUCUGAAACAAUCUCUUGCGAUGGAGGAAGGUAAAUGUGCAGAACUUGAGCAGCAAAUACAAGUACUUGAUAAGGACAAAUGUGAAUUGAAGCAAAGAUUGGAUGAAAUUGCACAUCAAUUGCUAACUGCAGUUUCAGAGAAGGAGUCUACUUGUCAACAACUAAGUGAAAUGGAAAACAGACUAGGAGCUAUUAUAACUGAGAAAGAACACUUAGACACUCAAACAAAAAAUCUGGAAGGCUUUAUUGCAAAAUUAGAAAAAGAAAAGGAAGCUUUACAAAAAGAAAUGGCAAUGGCCACUUUACAGAAUGAAAAUUUGGGAGCAAAUGAAGAAAAACUUCAAGAUCUUAGUAAACAGUUACAAAUUCUGACUCAGGAAAGAGACAGUCUCCAACUAGCAGAGGGAAUUGAAAAACAGAAGAUUUGUGAUGUUAGACUUGCAAUAAGUAGUAUUCUUGAACAGGAAAUCUUCAGUUUUACAAAUGAUGCUCCUGAGUUAGAUAUACUUGAGGCAGUGCAAUUACUGAAGGAAUCAAUGACAAAAUACAGGGAGGAAAAGCAGUCUGUGACGUUACUGUGCGAUGAGCGUGUACUACAAUUGCAUCAACAAUUGGAAUUGCAAUCUAAUGCAAAUAGAGAUCAACAAGCUGAGUUCAGUUCUUUAAUAGAUGACCUUCAAAAAGAGAAAACCCUUUUGCAGAAGAAUCUAGAUGACGCACUGUUUGAUAAGGAAGGAUUGCAAAGGGAUUUGUUAGAGUUGCAGAACCUAAGUGAAAAAAUCACUCAGGAAAAUGAAGAUCUGCUUGUUCAGAUUCAAAAUGUUACAGAGAAGCUUGAGAACAUGAAGACAGAAAAGCAAGAACAGAAUGAAAAAACUGAAAAAGAAACAGAAGCAAAAGAGGAACAAUUAAAGUGCCAGCUGAAUGAAAAAGAGUCUGAGCUAUCAAAGUUUAAAGAGGAACUUCAAAAAUUGAAGGAGUUGAUGCAGAAAACAUCCAAUGAAGAGAAUAUUUUAGAAAGCACAAUCGUGGAACUGAAUAACAAAAUGGUUGCUCUAGAAAAAGUAAGCAAUGAUAAGGAAAACAGAAUAAACAAGAUUAAAGCUGUAGCAGUGAAAGCUAAAAAAGAACUCGAUGCCAGCAAAAAACAGGUGCUACAGUUAACAGAAGAGAUGGAGAUUAUAAAGUCUGAACGAGACAGAUUGUCUUCUUCUGUGAAAGACAUUAUGCAAGGUGCAGAAAGCUACAAGAACCUUUUGCUAGAGUAUGAGAAACAAGGAGAAAAACUAGAUAUGGAAAAGACGCGAGCAAAUAACUCUGAACGUCAGGUGGAGGAGCUUACACAACACUUGCAUGCUUGUCUUCAACAGCACAAACAAUUGGUUUCAGAGAAGGAAGAUAUGUUUGCUCAUUUGGGAACUCUGCAGUCAAAUGUAAAACAGCUGGAAGCAAAAGUUUUAGAAUCUGAGAAAGCCAAGAAUACUGUUGAAAAGGAGUUUGAGGCCUUAAAACUUUUCAAGGAGCAGGUUUCCAAGGAGAAUCAUGUACUGUUGAAAGACGUUGAAGAACUUAAAAAACAACUUCAAAAUGAGAAACAACAGCUACAACAGACAACACAGGAACUGGAACUUGUAAGAAAGGAUGCUCAAAAAACCACGCUGAUGGACAUGGAGAUUGCAGACUAUGAACGUCUUGUGAAAGAACUGAACCAGAAAAUUACUGAUCGGGACAACCGGAUUGUAGAAGUGAUAGACGAAAUGACAUCAUGCAAGCAGAAACUAGAAACAAUGGAUUGUGAAAUCAAAUCUCUUCAGUUAGCGUUGGAAGAGUACAAAGAGAAAAAUACCAAGAUGAAACAAAUCCUAGUGAAAACUAAGAAGGAACUUACAGAUUCAAAGAGAGCUGAAGGAGAGCAAUUAGCUGUCCAAGCUUUUAUUAAGGGAGAACUCGAAGCAAACCAGCAGCAAGUGGAAAAUUACAAGAUUCAAGUGGCAGAGUUAAUCGCUGAAAACCACAAGCUUCAGGAACAAUUGCGCCAGACAAAUGAGCAGAAUCAUCGGACAGUGAAUGCAUUUACACAGAAGAUGGCAGCUCUUCAGGAGGAGUGUAAUGUUGCAAAGGCUGAACAGGCUGCAACUGCUGUGGAUUUUGAAAGUUACAAAGUUCGUGUACAUAAUGUCCUAAAACAACAAAAGAGCCGAUCAGCUGCUCAGAAUGAACAUGAGUUGACCCAGGAAGAAAAAGAACAACUUCAAAAGGUGGUUGAUCAGCUGAAGGCCAAGUUACAGGAAACUCAUUGCAAUUUACAAGUCAAUGCGGGUGAGUUACAGGCUCUACAGUUGGAGCAUGACCUGCUGCUGGAAAGGCAUAACAAGAUUCUCCAAGAAACUGUGUCCAAGGAGGCUGAGUUUCGAGAAAAACUUUGUUGUGUACAGUCUGAAAAUGUCUUGCUGAAAUCACAGCAUGCUCAGACUGUCAGCCAGAUGACUGCCCAGAAUGAAGCAGCACAAAAAAGCUUCCAUGAGCAAAUCCGGAACCUGCAAGAAGAUCACAAAAAGACUGUUGAAAUGUUACAGAAACAAUUAACUAAAAUGGAGGCGCAGAUCUUCCAGCUUCAAACUGAAAGCAGUUCUGCAAACUCUGCACAACUUGAGCCAUCUGGGAAGAUUCCACGUGACCGAAGAAACUUGGACAUAUCUGUGAUAGAUAUCAAUUCCAUUGACCGUGGAGAAGGAGAAGGAAUGGAGAUGACUGAAACAGAAUCGGUAUCUUCUUCCAAUACCCAAGUUGCCUCUCUUGAGCAAUUACUUACCUCCCCGGAGGCAGCAUUAGAUGUUGCACAAUGGCAGCCAGAGCCAACCAAAGAAGAAAUAACACAGAAAUUAAAUACAGCUACAAAGAGUAUUGACCAUUUAAAUGGGCUCUUGCGUGAGACUGAAGCUACUAAUGCCAUCCUUAUGGAACAAAUCACACUGCUGAAGAAUGAAGUGAGAAGACUAGAGAGAAACCAGGAACGUGAAAAGUCUAUUGCAAACCUGGAGUAUUUGAAGAAUGUUAUGUUGAAGUUCAUAUUCCUAAAUGCAGGUAGUGAGAAGCAAAGCCUUCUCCCAGUAAUUGAUACAAUGUUACAACUGAGCCCAGAGGAGCGAAGCAAGCUGUCUGCUAUAGCUCAAGGAGAAGACGAAAGCACUUCACGGUCAUCAGGUUGGGCUUCGUAUUUUCACAACUGGUCUGGACUGUGAUAAAAAUUGAUGGGGCAAAAUGUUUACGUUUCAUUCCAGCCGUUGUGUAAAGAGAAGAUGGUUGUUGAAUUUAUGAAGAGGAAAACUGCCUUAUGACGAACUUCUUCUCGAGCCAUUUGUUUAGUGUUUCUUAUUUGGUUUGUAAGUUCAUUGUACAUUUGUUGUUUUGUGCAUUCACUUUUUUUCAUUCUUCUAAAUUUUACAAUACUCUUAGGAAGAACUGCAACUGGAAAGUAAAAUGUCGAAGUAACCUGCACAGAAUGUUUAUUGAUCUUUAAAUUUAAAGUAAAUUUGUAAUUAGCUUUAUUCCAAUAAUGUGAAAGCGAUGUUAGCAUUCAGCUGAUGAUACUAAACAUGAUAUACUCAUUUAUUUUGUGUAUUAUUGUAAAAGGGUCUACAGUUGUUUGGUGUUUUCUAAUGUAUAAUGAACUUAUGGAAGCGAUAAUUUAGAUAUAGCAAGAACUAUUCAACUAAAGUCAUGAUCUCUGGAACUAAAUAUUUUAACAUAUUUAAAAACUGGAUGGAGUGUAGAAUAUAUUUAUAUUCAAAAUUCAGAGUUUAUUGAUGCUGUACAUACUUAAAACUUUCAAAUUUAGGUUUAGGCACUAUACAGAUGCAUGGAAGCCUAUGAAUCCAGUAACGCUGGAAUUCUAGAUAUCACAUAAAGAUCCUUAGCAAAUCAGUCGUGUUUAUUGGGAUCAGCAGUAUGUUUAAAUUUAUUUAACUUUGCUGAGCAAAUAGUAAUCUCUGCAGAACAAAUCAAUAGCAAAAAUAAACCGUGUUGAAGAAUGUCGAGAAAUUGAAGUGAUGCACCUGAAAGAUUGAAGGAUUUGAACACACUUAGUAAAGGUGAAAUUGAUUUAUGGAACCUUGAAUAAUGAAUAAUUUUUUAAACAAAUUACGUGAUUUUCUUUCAGCAUUAUAUGUGAAUUAUAGUGUAUUGAGUUUUUCAAUCAAGGGAUCAAAAUAAUUAUUUCACAUGUACCAUGUACGUGCACUUUAUUCCUUUAUGUUUUCUGGAAAUAUACCUCCAUGUUGAGAUAUGAUGAUUCUUCUGUAAAUUUUUAUUGUUUUUUUUAAUCUUUGGAUACAAAGCCUUUCUGUUUCUGCCUCAAUCCCUUUCUCAGAUUUCUAUUAGCCAUUCACUAACAGUGACCAAAAAGCUAUUUGUUCAGUUUGCUGCCUGCCAUCCUCAAUACUACAGGACUAGAAACUGUGUGAGAGUGGUGAGAUGAUGGAUCCCCUGAUGAUUUCCUUUUCCUUCCCGAGAAUAAAACUACAAUAUUCCCUAGUUAAAUAAUUUUUCAUGUCUGAUGUGCUACUUUUAUUGUGACAUUAUACGCUUGCAGUUUAUUACCAAUCAUCUAAUACUUUGUGAUGAGCCCCUGAUGACCUUCCGCUGCAGUAGGGAAAGGGCAUCUAUUUAAUGUACAAAAUAAUAAACAUGAAGAUUAAUCUCCAGGAUCUUUUGUUGCUUAUGCAGGCUUGUAAGUAGAUUUUUCAUCUGUAGUCGGCAUCCAUAUUUUAUGUUUAUUACCAUUAAGCAAUCUCUCAGCUGUAAUUCAUUAUUGACUAUUGGGUUCUCUAAUAAAACAAUAUUUCUAUUCUAAUAUACCAA